CUUUGAUCCAAACAACAUGGCGUCAAUGAAAACUGGAGUUCAUCCCGAUUUACAAAUCGAACGAGAAAAUGGCACAUUUGAUCCAAUACAGCUGACAAAUCUACUUCAUGGGGGUCCUGAGAAAACUCGCCGAAAGAGAUAUAUCCAGUCUUUAGCUAUCAAUGACAAGACCUUUAAGAAUUCACCUAACUGGGCAACACUAUCGAGAGAAGAAAGAUAUGAAUUGGCUGUGAAGAAAGCAAUACAUCAGGCCAGAAGAGUUAAGGAACUUGGAUUGACUGAUCCACUUGAUCGUUAUUUCUAUAACCAAGCUUUUAUGCCCAAUGAAAACUCUCCAUUUGGUCUGCAUAAUAGUAUGUUUACCGAUGUUAUUACAAAUCAAGGUACAGAAGAACAGAAAUCAAAAUGGCUGCCAUUAAUACAAUCAUAUCAGAUUCUGGGAACAUAUGCUCAAACUGAACUUGGUCAUGGAACAUUUAUCAGAGGUCUGGAGACCACAGCAACAUUUGAUGGGAAAACUGAUGAAUUUAUCAUCAAUACACCAACUUUAACAGCCAUGAAAUAUUGGCCAGGAGCUUUAGGAAAAACCUGUAAUUAUUGUCUGGUACUAGCCCAACUUUAUACACAAGGUCAUUGUCAUGGUUUACAGUCAUUUAUUGUUAAUAUUCGUGAUGUCAAUACACAUCAACCAAUGCCAGGAGUAGAGGUAGGAGAUAUUGGUACCAAGUUUGGUUAUGAUUCUAUGGAUAAUGGUUACCUAAGGAUGAACAAUGUCAGAAUUCCAAGAGAAAAUAUGUUAAUGAAAUAUUCCAAGGUAUCAAGAAGUGGUGUUUUUGCAAAACCUGCGAAUUCCAAGUUAUUGUAUGGUGGAAUGGUGUCUAUAAGAUCCUUUAUAACUGGUGAUUGUGGUAGAUCAAUAAGCAUGGCCUGUACUAUUGCUAUCCGUUACAGUGCUGUUAGGCGUCAGACCACAGAUAGUUCUGGGGAAACAGAAAGAAAAAUUUUAGACUAUCAGACACAACAAUAUAAACUAUUUCCUGCUUUAGCAACUUCCCUUGCCUAUAUAUUUGCUGGCAUGAAUAUUAGUCGUAUAUUCAUGGAUGUGACGUCUAAAAUAAGGCAAGGAGCCUUGGAUGAACUCCCUCAGUUGCAUGCAUUAAGUGCUGGUUUGAAGGCCUGUAGUUCAUAUAAAUUUAAUGAGAUGGCUGAGAGAUGUCGUAUGGCCUGUGGUGGACAUGGUUUCAGUCAGGCUAGUGGUUUUCCUAAACUUUAUGUAAAUAUUACACCGGCUGCUACUUAUGAAGGAGAAAAUACAGUUCUGUUGUUACAAACUGCCAGAUAUUUAACAAAGUGCUUAGUAUCGGCAAAACAAGGUGAAGAGUUGCCUAACUUAGUUGCCUAUUUAAAACAACCAGUAGAUGGCAGGACAUGUUCUAUCAACAGCCAGUUUGAUAGUAAUUCUAUUGUAUCAGCUUUUGAACACAGAGCUUUAAGAUUGAUAGAAGACUGUGCUCAUAGAAUACAAUAUUUAGUAAAAAAUGGUAAAUCACAAUCAGAAGCAUGGCAUUUAACAUCUGUUCAGUUGACCAAAGCUGCUCAGGCUCAUUGUGAAUGUUGUGUUGUAAAAUUCUACUUAGAACAAAUAAGUCGUGACCCGGGACCAAAAUUACAGCAAGUAUUGCAAGCCUUAUUCCAACUUUACUGUAUUUAUACCAUUCUAGAAAAUAUUGGUGAUUUUGUAAAGGAUGGUUAUCUGAACAGUCAACAAAUUGAAUUACUGAAUACUAAACUACUAGAUUUACUAGCAGAAAUUAGACCAAAUGCUGUCAAUAUUGUGGAUAGUUUUGAUAUUCCUGAUGAAAUAUUAGCUAGCUGUCUAGGACGUUAUGAUGGUCAAGUCUACCAAGCUUUAUAUGAGUACGCUAAAGAGUCGAAGUUGAAUCAGAUAGAGGUAACAGAUGUCUAUUAUAAACAUUUAAAACCUUUUUUUGAAGAACAGAAGAAGCUAGCUGAUGUACCAAUAUUACCCUCUAGACUGUAGAAUUUGAAUCAACUGAAAAAAUGUGUCAUUCAUAAAGACACAGUUUUUAUGUAUUUUUUCCAAUGAAACACUGUAUGUGAUAAAAUGAUCAAACAUGGUGAUGGCAUUUGUUCUUUACCUUGCUGAAAGGAUUGACAAAGAACCUAAUGAAACUUCUUUGAUGUAUUUUUGUAUUGAAAUCUUAAUAACAUAUUAAUAUGAUAUAUACCAGUGAAAAAAUAUAAAUAGUUUUGAAAAACUAUUUUUGUCUGAGGUAUUUAUACAACAUAACUCUCCAAAUAAGUGUUCAUAAUUUGAAAUUUUUGUGCUACUAUUAUAGAUAAAUUAACAAAUUUGUGUUCUUUCCAUGUUAAGAAUAAAAUGUUCUAGCCCUUGUGUAUUGAGGAUAUUACAUCUUCUAUUAAAAGGAGUGUAAAGAGGUUUUCUUAGUUUUUUUAUGUUGUUUCAGGGACAUUGAUGGCACCAUUCCAAUUUUGAGUCAGAUGUCUUUGGUUUACGAUUUACUUCUGUUUUAUUCUAGAAAUAUUUAAAGUAUUUAAACAGAACUUGAAACAUGUUAUAUUUCAAUAGGGUGAAAUAGAUCAGUUGUCUGAAGAUCGCACAGCAUGAAACUCGUGAGUGCCUAAUACUUAUUCUCUGUAUUUAAUUUGUAUACUGUAUCGAUAACGGAUAACUCUACUUUGUACAGAGCGCAGGAAACUGUACCUGAAGGCUAUAGAACCUCUUUUAAAUCCCUUUUAAAUAUUGUUGAAAAUUUUUUUUGUUUGUUUCACAUAUUUUUGAUUAAUUUUUUUGUUAAUUUUCGAGAUUUUUAUUUCUUAAUUUUGGCAUUUUAGAUUUCUUAAAAAAUGAAAUAUGUCUACUUAAUUAUCAGUUGUAUUUUUGGCUCCUGUGUAGUACAAGACAAGUAAAUUGUUUUGCUCGUUCUAAAGGAGCAAGAUGACACUUGUGUAGGCCUACCAAAGUUAUAUGUAAAUUUGAUAUAUAUUUUUAUAUUUAUUGAGUUAAAAUAUUAUCAGAGGUGAUGAAUAAUAAACUAGUUCAGUUGAUUGUUAUAGCAGUAUAUCAAUGGUGAUCCCGUAUCCAACACCCUAUUAAAAUGUACAGGACACGGAUUUACGAACAUCUAAUUAUUAUUAUUAACACACGUUUUGUUUAUUCAAAUUAAAGAACUUAAAACUU